GCAGAGUCUCCUACCUGCAGCCAGCUGCAUCCAGCCGCAGAUCUUAUACACGGUGCCGGUGCUGCAGAAGAAGAAGAGCCCGAAGCAGCCGAUGCAGGAGAUGACCAGCACCAUGGACAUGCCGAUGAAGAAGGAGGCGGCCUUGAACGCACCGGACGGGAUGGUGCUGAACUCGGUGAAGCUGCCCUGACAGGUCAAGUCCCGGGACAGCCCGUUCCCGAUGCAGUAGUGGAACAGACCGAAGUAGCCCGCCUGCGGGGUGUCCAUGCCGUCUCCGAUCCAGUACGGCUGGAUGAAGCACACCACAUUGACGAUGGCGAAGAGGAUGGUGAAGAUGGCCCACAGGACGCCGAUGGCGCGGGAGUUGCGCACGUAGUUGGUCUGGUAGAUUUUGGCAGCCUCGGAGGCGGGGAGCAUGGUGGUGGUCGUGCCGGGGGCCCCGGGGAUCAUCCUCCGGUCUGUGUGAAGGGGGGUCCGGUCGGUCCUCAGGAUCAAUGAACCUGUGCUCAGCAAACUAACAUCUGCCGCAUCUGAUCCGUAAAAAGGCAACAAAGCACAGUGUUCUGCAGAACUUGUCGCUGUUUUCGGAUUUUAUUAGAUUUUUUUUCACGACUUUAUUCAGUCACAGCUGUUCUCACAGCAUCACUGCACUCUCGUAUUCAUGUUCAUUCAUCACUCUCGCAAUAACGAAACGUGAAGCUCCGGGCGAAAAAAAAAAGCGAGCUUUAGAAAUCCAUCUUCCCUCAUUUGUCCUCAUCUGUAUCUAAAAAUGUCGCUGCCUGACUCGAGUCCAAAAACAGAGACUGUUAUUCCGACGAACGGGUUCAGCUCUGUGAUUCACUGAGCGAGAUCUCGCUGAAAUGGUGCGUCUGUGCUCGACGCCGGCAGACCAACAACCGCAGCUGAGACCCUGUAGUGAAUUAGAGGAGGAGGAGGAUAGCCUUGGAUAUCGCAGGGCCAGCCCACAUCCCUUAAUCCCAGUCUGACGCAUUAUUCCAGUCACACGCGCGAAAUCUUAAACAGACACAAUAGAGAACAACCACAGUGUAGGCGACUGCAGCUAAUAGUCCUACAUGUAAUGCUCCUACCACGCUACAGCUGCAUCACAUUUAAACCCCAAUUGUAUGAGCGAGGUAUGGACAAAUGCACAAAUUAAAAAAACAACAAUACAACAGAAUAAUACGAAUAAGAAUACAACAAACAUACAAUGUCUGUAGCACUAAAUGGAUUGGCGUUGGCUUCCAAUGAGAAGACUAUGAAUAUUAUUUCCAGAUGUUGCAUAUACAUUUAUGCAGUUUUAGGUUUAGCCUACCCUGCAAAAUAUAGGUUAAAAUAUAUUUUAUCAUGUGAGAACUGUAUUAAUAUUCUCUCCAGUUUUAUGCACGCUCAAUUAAAUAAAGCAAAGCAUUAACUUGCUUAAUUAUAACGUUGUAAAUGUCCUAUUAGAGCUAUUCUGAAGCUGUAUCAUCACAUCACACUAUCUAUCUAGCUGUCAUGGAAUUAUAAAAUAAUAUGACACUUUACUAAGUUAAAGACUUAAAGUAUAUAAAAGCAUCUUCUGUCCCUUUAUUUCACGACUACCGAGUUUUAGAGCCAUAAACUCCAUUACCCAUGAUUCUUUGCGUGGUUUGUGAUUGGCUAGUAAACGGAAGCCGUCAUUUGACGUAAUCUGAAGGCGCGCGCGAAACUCCUGUGAGUGUGCUCGACUGUUUAUUUGCGUUUUCAACAUUUUAACUUUUAGCUUUUCACCGCGUUUUAAGUUUGAUCCACAUUCGAUUGUUAUGCAUAUGUAUUUCCAUAGUGUCCUGUCGUGUUCACAGUGAAUAACUUCUUACAAUAUUCCUUGUUUUUGCGAAGAUCGGGAUGUCAGCGCUGUUACAACAUCCAGGAUAUGAGGAGGAGAGGCUGCAGAGGCUCUCGGAGCAGCUGCCCUGCAGAGAGCUCCAGGCGGGCAUGCUGCUGUCGCUCAUGGGACAGCCACACCAGUACAGCUACCCGUCAGUCUUCAUCUACGGUCAUCGGUCUUCAGGGAAGAGUCACGUGAUGCAUGUUUUGCUGAAGGAACUUGAGCUGCCUCACGCCACAGUCAGCUGUGUCGAAUGCGUUUCUGUUGCGCUGCUGUUUGAACAAGUCCUGCUGUCCUUCUUUGGCGGCGACGCCGCCUCGCUGCUCCCCCGCAGUCCCUCCCUGUCCGACUUCGUACGCGUCUACAGACAGCAGUGCUCCCAGUCUCCCGCCAAGCAGACGCGCUACAUCGUGAUGGAAAAAGCCGAGCUUCUGAGAGACGCCGAUGCCAAUCUCCUCCCUGCGCUGCUGCGUCUUCAGGAACUGGUUGAGGACAACGUUACCGUCAUCCUUCUCACUGAAAUCGUCUGGGACAAGUUCAGACCAAACACCGGCUGUUUCGAGCCCCUUCUGCUCCAUUUCCCAGACUACAGUAAAGGUGAGCUGCAGCAGAUUUUGUCCCGGGACAAACAUCCUUCACAUUCUGCCGAGUUUUACUCGUCCUACAUCAACAUCCUGCUGGGAGUCUUUUACUCUGUCUGUCGGGACCUCAGAGAGCUGCGCCACCUGGCUGCCCUCAACUUUUCAAAGUUCUGCGAGCCGUUAGCAGAAGGAAAAGUGAAAGAGACCGACACACACAAGCUGUGGAGAAACAUGGAGCCUCAUUUGAAGAAAGCCAUGCAGACUGUUUACCUGCGAGAGGUGUCCAGCCUUCAGUGGGAGCAGAUGCAGCAAAUGGAGGAGAAGGAGAACGGAGCCAUGAGAGGUUUAUCUGCUCACACUCAUGUUGAGCUGCCUUAUUACUCCAAGUUCCUGUUGAUUGCUGCCUACCUGGCAUCCUACAACCCGGCCCGCACGGAUAAGCGCUUCUUUCUAAAGCACCACGGUAAAAUAAAAAAAACAAAUUUCUUAAAGAAAAAUGAAAAGACAAGUAACCAUCUUCUGGGGCCAAAGCCGUUCCCUCUGGACCGCCUGCUCGCCAUUUUCUACAGCGUGGUGGACAGCAGAGUCGCCCCCACUGCCAGCAUCUUCUCCCAGAUAUCCUCUCUGGUGACCUUACAGCUGUUGACUCAGGUCAGUCACGACGACCAGCUCGAUGCCCCAAAGUACAAAUGUGCCGUUUCCAUGGACUUCAUCUGCGCCAUCUCCAGGACGGUGAAUUUUGAAAUUGUCAAUUACCUUUAUGACUUCCUGUGAACCUGCUGAGAAUACAGGAGAGAAGACACCCAGUGACGUCAAGACAAAAGAGGGAUUUAUACAUUUAUAGACGUGCAAAAUGAAGAGCUCAGACUAUUGUUGGGAAAUAGCUACAGGAAUGUUAAUCCAAUUAUGUCGCUGCCCCCUUGUGGCUGAUAAAUGAGCUUCUUUGUUCUUGUCUCUUAUCACUGUCCAUGUUAGAUAU